AUGCCCAGCGGCAAGACGCUGCGCGCCCUGGCGCCACUCGUGCAGCGUCGCGCGUUCAGCUCAUCACAGCAUCACCAUGCCAGCGGCGCGACCGCAUCCGAGGCCGCCUCGCGCAUGCUCGAUACCUUUGCCGGAGCCGUCUCCAUCCGCCGCCAGGUCUUAGACGCCAACCAAGUCCAGAAGCUCGCCCUCACGCUCGGUCGCCCAACCCUCGGCGCCACGGACAUCUCCACGGAAGCACCCCGCGUGGGCACACCCAUCCCUGCAGGCUACCACCUCGUCUACUUCACACCGGGGGGCCUUGAGUCGGAGCUCAGCGCCGACGGGACGGACCGCACGUUCAACGCGCCCCAGCCGUUCACCCGGCGGAUGUGGGCAGGCGGUCGCAUGUCCUGGCCCGACGCAACGGCGUCAGAACACGCGACACUGCGAGUGGGCGACGAGGUCGAGGAGCGGACGCGCUUGGUGAGCGCGACGCCCAAGAAGAGCCGCGGUGGGGGCGAGAUGGUGCUCGUCGAGGUGGAAAAGGAGCUGUGCGCGCCGAGGGGCCACACCGUCGUCGACAGGAGGUCGUGGAUAUUCCGGCCGGAAAUUGACCCCUCCAGUGCGAGUGAGCACGCGUCGUUGACGGGCGAGGUGCCGCGGGCUGCGACGACGAUACAGGAUGUGGGAGCGGAUGCGAGCGGCUUUCCUGUACGGCAGUUGUGCUGGUCGCCGGUGGGACUGUUUCGCUUCUCGGCGCUGACGUUCAACGGGCACAAGAUUCACUUCAACGAGGAAUGGAGCCAGCGAGUGGAAGGCCAUCCUGGGAUUGUCGUCCAUGGGCCGCUGAAUCUGAUCAACAUUCUCGACUACUGGCGCGACGUUCACGGCGCGGGCUUGGAGCCGGCGAGUAUUAGCUACCGUGCCAUGUCGCCGAUAUACGCAGGCGAGACGUACAACAUCAAGACAGAGAGGUCGAGCGAGGACGAGCGGCAAGGCGUGCAUCACAUUAUUGCCGAGAAAAAAGGCACAGUGUGUAUGAAGGCAGAGGUUGCGAAGUUCCUAGGCUUCAAUUACAACGACUAG